UGUCCAUGCUAAAUGAAAGCAGGUAGCUAUGAGCUACGCACUGAGUGUCUGUCCGUGUCUGAAGGUGUGUUAAAGACAUAUCUGCUGUAACUGUCGGUGUGUUUCUGAUCGGACCUGUGCGGCGGACCUGACCUGACGCUGAUUAAACCACACCGAGGAGUCUGGUCAGGCCGGAGCCGAGCGUUUGGCUGGGUUCGACUAUGGCUCUGUCAUUCCUUCUGGUCUUGGCUGCAACUGUGAUUCUUAUCCGACCAGAGACACCUGUAACAAAGGCUUUACAUCAGAACUCACUUGAGUGCUGUGGCGAGAAACAGAGAGUGAAUAUUUCAUGUUCAAAUGACACCCACUGUGAGCCAGGAUGCUUCCUGCGUGUCCUUGAGAACAGCAACACUGUUUGCAUAUUCUGUGACUCAGCAGCUGUGGAUCUGGAGAACAUAACAAUCUGCACCUACAACUACACAGUGGAGAGGAAAAAUCACACGACCGUAACUACUGUCAUUCCUAAAAUUGGAGGGCCAGGUGUGGCAGCCUCUCUUCUUUUGGGAACACUGUUGAUCAGCCUGUUCCUGAUCCUCUCUGUCGCCUCCUUUUUCUACCUCAAACGCUCCAACCGACUCCCGAGCAUCUUCUACCGCCGCAACAAGGCCUUCAUAUUCCAACCAAGUGAGACAGCUGUCAUGAUUCCCUCCUCGACAGUGAGGAAGCCAAGAUAUGUCAGGAGGGAGCGGCCCUCUGCAACAUCAACACUGAACAGUGCUACCGUGCCCACCACAACUGCCACCCAAGACUAUAAUGUGUAGGAGGAGGAGGAGGCGGUAGAGGAGGGGGGGUGGGAGUGGGAGGUGGUGCAGGUAGGAGAGAGAACGCUCAGGAAAGAUUUUUAUUAUCAUGUGAAGGUUCAGCAGCAGUGUGAAGAAAGACCAGUGUGUAGGCGGCCAUAUUUAAUUGUAGCUGCUUCUGCUGCUCUCUUGUCACUAGGGCAGUGACUUUUUCUCUGUUUAAUGUCAAAAAGUAUCCAGUAACUGACCCAUCAAAGUCUCUGAUAUUACAUUUGAGUUUACCACACGACAACGUAAUCAGCACAGGGAAAAUAGUUUCAGUAUUUCUCUGUAAAUUUGAAUAACAGGUUGGUUUUGUAUUUUACUCCCUCUCACGCAGCACUUCAGGUUCUGUCCUUUUGUUCUUUUAAGUCGAAACACUGUUAGUGAACUGUUUUUAACUGCUGUUUGAUGGUGUGUGUGUUUAGUUGAGAUGACUUGAAGUGAUGGGUUUCAUGAAUGUGUGAACCUGUCGGGUAAAAAAAGGAAUAGUUUGACAAUAAGGGGAAAUUAACAAUUAUUAUAAUAAUAUACAUAAUAUAAUAACUAUAAAUACACAUGUUUUAUUUCUUUUAAUCUGUAUAAAUAUUGAAGUGGAAAAAACACAAUUCCUCAUUGUACGGACUGCACUGUUCCAGAAAACUACCAUUUUUCCACUUGGGUUGUUUUUGGCUUAAAGGGACAGUUCAACCAAAAAACCAAAAAUACAUAUUUUCCCUCUCACCUGUACUAUUUAUCAAUCUAGAUUGUUUUGGUGUGAGCUGUGGAGUGCUGGAGAUAUCGGCGGUAGAGAUGUCUGCCUUCAAUAUAAUGGAAUUAGAUGACACUCAACUUGUGGUGCUCAAAGCGCCAAAAAGAAAUAUGUUGGAAAAACUCAACAUCAAUGUCUCUCUCCAGAAAUCAUGACCCAUUCACUCAAGAUAAUUCACAGACCUUGUUGUGAGCAGUUUCGUGUAGGAACUCUUUCUUUUUACUGAACUACACCCUUUAACUGCAUCACUGCGCAGAAGGAAGUGUGCAUCUACUACUAGCUCACCUAGCACCUCUGAGCUAGCUAACGUUAAUGUUCACACCACACACUGUCACAAGCACGAGUCUCUCGUCCAUGAGUAGAUGCACGCUUCCUUCUGCACGGUGAUAUCAAACCCUCAGGAACAGCUCCAGGCUUUGAGGCCAAUUUAACAUAGUGGUCAAACCAUGGAAUUACAACUUCGGGAUCCAUCACGUGAUGCCAUUGGGCCGAAAAAGAUUUUGUCCCUUACAUAUGUUGGAGAAGAGAUGCCUGCAAAUCAGUGGAUACAUUUUUUGAGCGUCAGAACCCCCAAACAUUUUACUAUCGGGAUUUAAUUCAUUCGGUCCAAUAACAUUUGGAAAGUCUAGAAGAGCUACAAAAUCAAAUCCCUUUAUCCCAAUUUAAGUUAGCGCAGGGCUAAACUGAAAGUUAGUUGCUCAGCUGGCAAAAGUCUCUUCAAACUUUUUGGCUCCAUGCUCCACUGAGCAGCUGUCAUAGGAAUGAACGGGGCACCACCUUUAGCACUGUAUCCAGUUCUCAUGCAUUUUUUAUUUGGGGGUGAACUGUCUCUUUAAACAAACAAGGCCUAAUGUGAUAAUUAAUGAGCUGCUUGCAGAUUUAUUUUUAUUUCACCCUUGGACAGAGUGCUGUGCUGAGCUAAGUUAACCAGCUGCUUGUUGUAGCCUUACUAACCAUCUUCUCAUAUAUUGUAACUCUCUGCAAGAAAGCAAAUGAGUGCAUUUCCCAAAAUGUUAAACUAUUCCUUUAAAGCAAAGAUUAAUAGAGCCAGAGACCAAGUUGAGCGACAGUAAUAUUUUUUGGACAAAGAGACGGCCCAGUGACCUUUGAUAGAAAUUUGUGUUUGCUAAUUAGUUUUUUUAGACAUGUGAUAUUUAUUCGCAUUUUCUGACUGUGCACUGAGUUUUACUGAUUAAAAUCAGACCAACAGAAUAAAUGAUGUGUUUAGUAGCAUUUAGAGUUCUCCUGGUAGAGUGGGACUUGUAGGGCGAGUUACUGUAGGCGCUGUCUGGAUGAUUAUUUGCUCUUUGUGUUUUUAUUAUUGCAUUUGUAUUUAUUAUUUUUGUGAGCUUAACCAAGGUGAAUGUAUUACAUGUGUAAAACAAGUCAUGCGCCAUGAAACUGCAUUCCAGGACAGACCCAGGCGAACAUGAAGGAGGUGAAGUCAUAUUUUUUGUCAUACGGAGCUCUAUGCUCCUCCAAAUCAUGUUUGAAUACAAAUUUGUUCCAUGACUUAGAUCUAAAUUCGAACAUGUCGCUCUCACAAAACAUGAACUCACUGUAACCUCGUGCACUUUAUUCGUCUGAGGUUGUCAGCUGAUGUUGGACCCUAAUUUUUAAAAGAAAUACCCAAACAACUUUUUGCCAUCAAGUGUGAUUGAUUUUUUUCGUAUAGAUGGCAACAUCAUAGUUGCAUUGUGAAAUUUACUUGACUACUCUUAACUUUUGCCAAAUGUCGUCUGAAGAAAAUGGCGUCUACUGUGUGCCAUUACUGUGAUUACUGUGCCAUUGUGAGCUUUAAACACAGCCAGGAAACAUUUAACCAUGAUGCGACGAAUAAUAGAAUUAUAUUAUUAUCCAGUGGCCUUUACUGUACACAGUCCUAACACAAGGCUAGAUAUCCAAGCUUUAUUUGCUACAUGGUAUUUAAUGACAUUUAGUUUUAUAUCUCGACAACACUAAGGUUCUUGAAAGUCCUCGCCGUCUUCAGUAAAUGUGAAGCAACAUGAAGUGAACCAGAUAAAAAGGCAGCAAUCAUUCCAUGAAUAUUCCCCUCUUUUGCUUAACGUGUUUGUUGUUGUACAGACGACCACAAGCUGAGAACGUGUACAUAUUGUUUUAUACAAAUGAUGUAUUGUUUUUGUAAUGAUGUACAUAUUCUACUUUCAGUGCCAUGAUGAAGAAUGUUCUGAGGAUGUGUGUGAGGUUUGGAGAAAUAAAGCACCUUUCCA